AUGAGAAGCCAGGAAGCUCCUGACAGCACGUACCGAGGAUGGAGGGUUGCAGCGUGGCUGCUGGUCUCCUUAUUGGGCUCUCUACUGCUGGUGGCUGUCAGCCUGGUUCUUCAGUCUUUCGACGUGAAAACUACAAAGAGAGAGAUUACAAGUGAUAAUACAACUUCAAUGCAGGCUCUUUCACAAGUGCGCCUGGUGAACGGUCGGAACAGGUGCGAGGGCCGCGUGGAGGUCCAGCACAACGGCACCUGGGGCACGGUCUGCGACGACGACUGGGACAUGGUGGACGCCAACGUGGUGUGCCAGCAGCUGCAGUGCGGCUCGGCCGUGGCCGUGUCCAGCAGCUCCACGUUCGGCCAGGGCUCCGGGCCCAUCCUGCUGGACAACGUGGACUGCAAGGGAGGCGAGCAGGACCUGGGCCGCUGCGGGAGCCUCGGCUGGGGGAUACACAACUGCUACCACUACGAGGAUGUGGCCAUCACCUGCAAAGACACAUCGGCACUGGAAGCGCGAGGUCACACCGAACCCACGACCCCCCCUCGUCGCCACACAGGCCUGAGGGAUGGGGCCAUCAGGCUGAUGGGUGGGUCCGACCAUUGCCAGGGGCGGGUGGAGGUCUACUACCGGGGGAACUGGGGUACGGUCUGCGAUGACGACUGGGGCCUGAGGGCCGCGGGCGUGGUGUGCCACCAGAUAGGGUGUGGCCACGCCCUGGCCCCCACCACCAACGCAUACUUUGGCUACGGGACAGGCCUGAUCCUUCUGGACAACAUCAACUGCAUGGGCUACGAGUCUCAGCUGGCAUCAUGCUACAGCCUGGGCUGGGGCAUCCACAACUGUGGCCACCACGAGGACGCUGGGGUCAUAUGCUCAGGAUCGGGGACAACAACACCCCCUCCACUGAACACAGAGACGCUGGGGAGAGCCAGGAACUUUGAGACAGAGAGCACAGCAAUGACUGAUGUUACAUUUCCAGUCACUAAGACAACAACUGCCGCACCUACAACUCAUCUGACAACAAGAGCGCCUCCCACCAUCCGCGUGGUGAACGGGAACAGCAGCUGCCAGGGCCGCGUGGAGGUGCUGUACGGGACCGUGUGGGGGACGGUGUGCGAUGACGACUGGGACCUGGACAACGCCCAGGUGGUGUGCCGGCAGCUGGGCUGUGGCCCCGCCAUUGCCGCCAAGCAGCUGGCUUUCUUUGGCUACGGCUCCGGGCCCAUCCUGCUGGACAACGUGGACUGCAAGGGGAACGAGGGCGUGCUCACCGACUGCUUCAACCUGGGGUGGGGCCAGCACAACUGCGGGCACCACGAGGACGCGGGCGUCAUCUGCAUGUCAUUUCAAAUCCUUCCUGGAAUUUCCAGAGACUUUGGUGCCACAGACCAGACAGCCACCACUACAACGGCAUCGGAGGGGGCGCUGAGGCUGGUGGACGGGCAGCACCGCUGUGAGGGCCGGGUGGAGAUUUUUGUCCAGGGACAGUGGGGGACGGUGUGCGACGACGCCUGGGACCUCCCGGACGCCCAGGUGGUCUGCCGGCAGGUAGGCUGCGGGGAGGCCGCCGCCGCCCGGGGAGAGGCCUACUUCGGAAGGGGCAGCGGCGUCAUCCUCAUGGACAACCUCAAAUGCAGCAGCUUGGAGACGGCCCUCCAGGAGUGCUCGCACAUACCCUGGAACGUCCACAACUGUGACCACUCCGAGGACGCGGGCGUCACCUGCAUACUGUUGUGA